AUGUUAGAAACGAAGCCCGAGAUCAAUAUCGACUUUAUUCUGGAAAAUGCGACCCUGGCAGAGAAAUCAAACCUCCUUGCAGGACAUGACUUUUGGCACACAACGCCCUUGCCCAACUACAAUGUUCCAUCGAUCCGAAUGUCCGAUGGGCCCAAUGGGAUCAGAGGCACUAAAUUCUUCAAUGGUGUCCCAGCAGCAUGUUUGCCAUGUGGAACAGGACUGGGAGCAACCUGGGACACAGGCCUAAUCCAAGAAGCUGGAAUUCUCAUUGGCAAGGAAGCCAAAGCCAAAGGUGCAGCCAUUUGGCUAGGGCCGACCAUGAACAUACAAAGAUCUCCCCUUGGUGGUCGAGGCUUCGAAUCAUUCUCGGAAGAUCCUCAUCUGUCCGGUAUGCUAGCAGCAGCCAUUAUCCAGGGUGUUCAGAGCGAAGGGGUGGUCGCAACUCCAAAACACUUUGUUUGUAACGAUCAAGAGGAGCACCGAAGAGGCUUAGAGACGAUUGUCACCGACCGCGCAUUGCGAGAGAUAUAUCUGAAGCCAUUCCAGUUGGCACUGGCGCAGAGUAAUCCCCAUGCGAUCAUGACUGCUUACAACAAGCUCAAUGGAAAAUUGUGUUCGCAAAGCCCUGAGUUGCUACAACGAAUUUUGCGCGAGGAAUGGGGUUUUGAAGGAGCUACGAUCAGCGACUGGUACGGCACCUACUCCACUAGCGAGUCAGUGGUCGCCGGGCUUGACAUCGAGAUGCCGGGUCCACCACAAUGGAGAGGUAGGCUAUUGUCAGCGGCAGUCUCUGCAAUGGCUCUUCCAAUGCGCACAGUUGAUACUCGAGUCCGAAGCGUUCUCGAACUGGUCAAACGGGCUAGCGAAUGCGAGGUAUCAGACGAAGAGAGUAUUCGCGACACCCCGGAAGAUCGAAGCGUUCUUCGUCGUCUGGCAUCUGAAAGCAUCGUUUUGUUAAAAAAUGACGAUGCAAUGCUUCCUUGGGUGGAGACCGAAAGUGUAGGUGUAAUUGGUGUUCAUUCCAAAGCUGCAACCUACUGCGGAGGUGGAUCUGCCAAACUGAGUCCCUAUUAUGUUGUGACACCAAUGGAGGGGCUACAAUCUUACGUGCAAAACAUCGAAUACUGUCCCGGCGCCUAUGGUCAUCAACUUCAACCACUGUUGGGACCGUAUGUGAAGACGAGCCCAGGGAUCAUGGUAACCUUCUACAAUGAUCCUCACACAUCGCCCGAUCGAACAGCAUUGGAAGUAGUAAAUGUUGCCGAUUCAUCGUUUCAGCUACUGGAUUAUAAGCCACCAGGUGCCAACCCGGUUUUCUAUGCCUCCAUGACAGGGUAUCUCACCCCCGAGAAGACGGGCGUGUGGGACUUUGGGGUUAUGUGCCACGGCACCGCGCUUUUAUACAUCAAUGACAAGCUCGUGAUUGAUAAUUGCACCCAGCAACGAGCGGGAGGGUCAUUCUUUGGGAGCGGAACGGUGGAAGAACUUGGGUUUGUCGAACUUCGGAAAGGCACGACAUAUGAUUUCCGCCUGGAGUGGGGCAAUGGACGCACCUCGACGCUUCAAAGACUUGGUGCUACUACACUGUCAAAUGGCGGUGCUCGCUUGGGCGGGUGUCCAAGAAUUGAUGCAAAGCUGGCUAUCGAUGAAGCAGUUCAGAUGGCGAAAAGCCAGAAACACAUCGUCAUCUUUACUGGUCUCAAUCAAGAUAUCGAGAGCGAGGGUUACGAUCGACAAUCAAUGGACCUGCCCGGGCACACCAAUACUUUGAUUGAUGCAGUCCUUGACGCUAAUCCCAAUGCAAUCGUGGUCAUUCAAUCUGGAACACCAGUGGCGAUGCCUUGGGCUUCCAAAGCAAAGGCUGUCAUUCAAGCCUGGUAUGGUGGCAAUGAACUGGGAAACGCGAUCGCGGACGUCAUAUUUGGCAAGGUGAAUCCGAGCGGAAAAUUGCCCAUGACAUUCCCAAAAGUGGUGCAAGACAACCCUGCCUUUCUCAACUUCAACGCCAAUGAUGGCAGAGUGUUAUAUGGCGAGGAUAUUUUCGUUGGAUAUCGAUUCUAUGAAAAGAUGGAGAAGGAGCCACAGUUCGCAUUUGGUUACGGUUUGUCGUAUACAACUUUUGAGCUAUCAGAUCUGGAAGUCUCUUCAUCGGAUGUCCACCUUAUCGUCCAGAACACUGGCACUCGACAGGGUGCAGAGGUGGUUCAGGUUUACGUUGCCCCGGUACAGUCUGACACCUGCCGCCCGGUUAAGGAACUAAAAGCAUUUUCCAAGGUUGAUCUAGGACCAGGAGAAGCAACAAAAGUCAGAAUGAGUCUUGACCGGAACGCCACCAGCUAUUGGAGUGAAACCCAGGACGCAUGGGUUUCUGAAAAGGGGGAGUACGACGUCUUCGUCGGCACCUCGAGUGAUCAAAUCAUAUUGACAACUCGAUUCACACAAGAGAAAACUGCUGUUUGGCAUGGUUUGUAG